UCUUAAUUAUUUCUGUCUUAUCUUCGUUCAUCUUGAGCUUAUUUUCAACCAUCCAAUUGCUCACCCUUGCAACGGUACUACUGAAUUUCUCUGCCAGAUGCGACACCUCUGAUGGUACUGAGGAAUCGUAUAACUGUGAGUCAUCGGCAAAGAAAUGGUAUAGGAUGCCGGUUGGCCGUAUGACACCGCUGAGUGGAUAUGUAUACAUAGUGAACAGUACUGGGCCUAGAACUAAUCCCUGGGGUACUCCGUACUUCAAGAGUAAGCGUGUUGAUUCUGUUCCGUUAACAACGACACUUUGGGUGCGUUCACUCAGGAAAGUCUUCAUGGCGGGAGCCAAGAAACUGAAACUUCCUCAAUACUUUGAUUUGGACUCGUCUUCAGAUUUCAAUGCGCCGAUUGAGGCACCUGUUACUGGUCGUUUACCUGGCUGGCUGUGCGGGUCGCUCUAUCGCAACGGAAGUGGCAUUUACAGGAUUAAAGAGACGACGUGGAAACAUGCAUUUGACGGCCUGGCUGUUCUUCACCGCUGGACAAUUAAAGACGGCAAUGUGACCUACAUGUCAUCUGUGCUGGACUCAGACCACUAUAAGAAGUGUAUUAAGUUCGACAGGCUAGUUGGCGGUAACUUUGGUACUACAUUCCCUGACCCUUGCCAAAGUAUUUUUAAAAGAUUUUUCAGCCGCUUUAUCCCUACGCCACCUGACAAGUCGGACAACACGGCGGUCAGUUUGAUGCAGUACGGAGAUCGACUGCUGGCCCUGACUGAGACAACUGCCAUCAACGACAUCAAUCCAGACACUUUAAAAAAGAAAGGUCAGGUAGACCUUCAGAGCAGCCUAGUCAUCCAUAUGGGCACAGCACACCCUCAUGUGGAGAAAGAUGGUUCCUUCCUUUACUACGGCACCAACAUGGGCUGCAAAAAAACGUACAACUUCAUCCAUGUUCCCGUGCCGCAACCUGAAGAACCUCUUUUUAAAAAUGCCAAGAUCCUGGCUACAAUUCCCAGCCAAUGGAAAGGGGGCAUCAGUUACAUCCAUUCGUUUGGAAUGACAGAAAAAUACAUUGUCCACUUUGAAAAUCCAUUGGUCAUUAACGGCUGGAAAAUUUUGACGCUGCACAUGAAGAUGACCAGCAUAGAGAAUGCCAUGAACAGCAUGCCGGAACAUCCGAUCAACGUGGUAGUUAUUGCCAAGGCAACGGGCAAGAAAGUCCCCGUGACCUACCAGGCCCCUCAUGGGUUCGUCUUCCAUUUCAUCAACUGCUACGAGGAGCAGGAACACAUUGUCUGUGACGUCUGCUUGUACAAAGACGCCCAAAUCGUGAAAGAACUCUACCUGGAGUCACUUUGUGACAAGGAGUAUAGCAUCGUCUCCAACCCGUGCUUCGCCAGAUUUGUUCUGCCAUUAGGUGUAGAUGAGACUAGGAAAGGAGAAAACUUGGUCAAACUGAAAGACACCAAAGCCACGGCAACAUUAUCGGCAUUAUCCAAAGCAGAACCUGUCCUGUUUCUGACCUGCGACUAUAUGUUUGGUGAGCGCCACGUGUUUGAGCUGCCGAGGAUCAACUGCGACUAUAACGCUGGGAAAUACAGAUACGCUUAUGGGACGUCAUCGUUUAACAAGAAAACAAGAAAGUUGUAUAAGUUUGAUCUGGAGGAGAGUAAAGUCUUGGAAUGGCCGUGUGAUGACUACCACUUCCCUGGGGAGCCUGUCUUCGUGGCCAGACCAAAUAAUCAGACAGAAGACGAUGGAGUAAUUCUGUGCCCUAUUGUAGCAAGCAGUGUGCCGCACGAAUCCUACUUGCUGGUCCUUGACGCCACCACGAUGUGUGAAGUAGCAAGAGCUACACUCUCAGCCGAGACGAAGAUGAACUAUAGUUUCCAUGGCCUCUUCAUCCGAGAAUUCGACUGCGCGCCCGAACCCGAACCAGUUUGUCCAUCAGAUCAUCAGUCUCAAGUCUCCACGAAGGAGGAGAAUAGUAUUUGACCGAAUCACUCAUCAGCUCUUAGGAAUCUAAGCGCAACAGUCUGAGCAUCUUAAGUUUCAAUAAGCAAGGGACUUUGUGUAUGAUAUAAAAUCACUCAUCAGCUCUUAGGAAUCUAAGCGCAACAGUCUGAGCAUCUUAAGUUUCAAUAAGCAAGGGACUUUGUUUUUAUAUAAAAUCACUCAUCAGCUCUUAGGAAUCUAAGCGCAACAGUCUGAGCAUCUUAAGUUUCAAUAAGCGAGGGACUUUGUUUUUAUAUAACAUCACUCAUCAGCUCUUAGGAAUCUAAGCGCAACAGUCUGAGCAUCUUAAGUUUCAAUAAGCAAGGGACUUUGUUUUUAUAUAAAAUCACUCAUCAGCUCUUAGGAAUCUAAGCGCAACAGUCUGAGUAUCUUAAGUUUCAAUAAGCAAGGGACUUUGUGUUUGAUAUAAAAUAACUCAUCAGCUCUUAGGAAUCUAAGCGCAACAGUCUGAGCAUCUUAAGUUUCAAUAAGCAAGGGACUUUGUUUUUAUAUAAAAUCACUCAUCAGCUCUUAGGAAUCUAAGCGCAACAGUCUGAGCAUCUUAAGUUUCAAUAAGCGAGGGACUUUGUUUUUAUAUAACAUCACUCAUCAGCUCUUUGGAUUCCGUACUAAGCAUUAAGUAAUAAACACUUUUGUCACUGUCUAUUUGAUAUUUCCCAUGUACUUCUAAAUAGGAGCGCACAUUUUAAUUUCAACGUGUCAGAAUCACUUAUAAAUAUCGGGGUGACUGAUGUGUCAAACAAAUAAGAUUGAAUCUUAACUUUUUGUAGCUUGGUACAUUGUGUGUCUGGUUCCUUAGUCGAUGUGCCAGAUGGGACAAAAAUAAAAGGACGUCACUCGUGGGUCUCCGUGGUCGAAAACUGCAUUUCUGUUUACUCUCGGACUAUAUAUUAGUCGAUAGGUCUAUAGCGUCGAUUUUUAAUUACCGAUAAUUUAAGUAAGGUUCUUUCGUUACUAAUGAAGGUCAAAUUGCUUGAUGUGAUUGAGAGAACAUGUUUUUCGCUCACGUGACUUUGCCAUAAAUAUUAAAUUGGAUAGCUAAUAAUUUUUAAUUAAAAUAAAUGUAAACGACUAGCCCGAGCUCAUGUUAUGGAGGGCCUCUACACUGACCUGCAAGGUUACAACCUGUGGACAGUUUAGACCAAUAGGUCUGUACGACGUGGCAAAGAGCUAAUGGUCUAAACUGUCCACAGGUUGUGACGUUGCAGGUCAGUGUUCUUAGAUACUCUAACGAUUGGUCUCGGCUAACCUUCCCAUGAAGAAAUCUUUGUAUUCUCUGACUUUGUGUGGCAGAACUCUGUACUGAGAGCGAAUGGCUUCUUAAACUAGUGCCCGUAAUUUGUAAUCGUAUCGUACUUUGUAAUCGUAUCGUACUUUGUAAUCGUAUGGUGUGUAAGAAGUUUCCUACUCUUUGUUUAUAAAGCAGGUAAUCGAUAGUAAUUUAUGAGUAAAAUUUUGUUAUUACGAAUAUAGCUCAAGUCGAUUCCAAUUACAGUUAUAAAUGUUCGCUGUUGUUUACAUGUGAUUGUCAAUAAAGACAUGUGUAUGACACAAUGUAUAUUUUAUGAAUUCACUUUGUAUUUGACUUGCCCACGACACUUCUAUUAGAGAUGCAACUAAGAGAUUCAUAUAUUUUGUUAUAUUGAUCAAGUUGAGCUUGUGAUUUUCAUAUUGUAUUUUAAACUGCGCUCAUAGACUUGAGUUCUGAAGUAUCGUUCUUGAGAUAUAAAUAAAACGAUACUGUCUAAACGAAACUCUUUUCAUUUAAAUCUUCAAAUUCUUUGAAAGUUCUCUUUGUUUUGUUUUACAACCUUAAAUCACUUUGAAAGUUCUCUUUGUUUUGCUUUAAAACCUUAAAUCACUUUGAAAGUUCUCUUUGUUUUGCUUUAAAACCU